AUGAAGCCUCACAAGUGUCCAGUGUGUGGGAAAGGUUUUGAUAAACUUACAAAUAUGAAAUCUCACAGGCUGGUUCAUAUACGUGUUAAACCUUUUGAGUGUGAAUGGUGUGGGAAAAGAUUCACUAGACUUAACAGUAUGAAAUAUCACCAGACGUUGCAUACUGGUGAUAAAAAUUACGAGUGUCUAGUGUGUGGAAAAACAUUCAGUCGUUUUGAAUAUGUAAAAAUUCACAGGAGGGUGCAUAUGGAUGAAAAACCUCAUGAGUGUCCAGAGUGUGGGAAAAGGUUCAAGUAUCUUCCAAGUAUGAGGCAGCACAGGGAACUUCAUAUGGCUGAUGGACGUUUUGAGUGUACCGAGUGUGGGAGGACGUUUGUGAGACGCAGCGGUCUUAUUGGUCACAUUUCGAUGCAUUCGGGGGAAAAACCAUUCGAGUGUACCGAGUGUGGGAGAACAUUCCGCAGUCCUAAGCACAUGAAAAGGCACAAGAUGGUGCAUACGGGUGAUAAACCUUAUGAAUGUCCUGUAUGUGGAAAAAAAUUCAGCCGUCUUGAACAUAUAAAAAGGCAUAGUGUGGUGCAUACCAAGGAUAAACCUCAUGAAUGUCCAGACUGUGGGAGAAAAUUUGCUUCUCUUGAAUAUGUGAAGCAACACCGGCUUGUGCACACGCGUGGUAAACCUCACGAGUGUCCAGAAUGUGGGAAAAGAUAUGGUUAUCUUGCAAGUCUGAAAAAACACAGGAUGAUGCACUCAGCAGCGAAAGAGGACAAAAUAAUUGAGAAAAUUGUAGUUUUAGAAGGCCUCGCAACAAAGGAAAAUCUUGGUGAUUUUAGGACAAUAGGUAAAUAUGGAAAAGAUAAGAAUCGCCACAAAAAAAAUAAGAAUUGCCAUGAAAAUGAUAAGAAGCGAUAUGAAAACAAUAGGACUCGCCCUAAAAAAUAUAAGGAUCGCCAGUUGCAAGUGACAGUUAAUGGCGUGUUUGAAAUGACAGAACUGCUUAGAAACUUCAGGACAUUUAAAAAUGACGAGGCCGGGAAACAGUGGUCUUUAAGCCGAGACCUUUCAGAGGAAGACCGAGAGACACUAAAAGUUAACCUUGAUGAAGCAAAGCGUCUAAAUGAGGGUAGGAAUGAAGAAGAAAGAAAUUCUUUUUUCUACAAGGUCAUAGGGAUCGGGAAGCCUGUUAAAUGGUACACAAAAACCAACCAACAAAAUCCAUAG